CCAUUAUUCCUCCAUUGCCGCUCCAUCUCUUUCUCUUCAACCUUUUCGCUUCCUGUUCGGAAAUGGUAUCUUAGAAUAUUCAACUCCCACCCCUUCAAUAUAAACCAACCAGUACUUACUCUGCCUCCAUUUUCCCCACCUCACAUUCAUUCCCCACCAAAGUUCCGAUCCUCUGAACAGUGAGAAAUUAAAACCAUGGCGAGAGAGCAAUUGGUAGUGCUGAACGCACUCGACGUCGCCAAAACCCAAUGGUACCAUUUCACCGCAAUCGUGAUCGCCGGGAUGGGCUUCUUCACCGACGCAUACGAUCUGUUUUCGAUCUCCCUCGUCACCAAGCUUUUGGGUCGGAUCUACUACCACCACGAGGGGGCAGUUAAACCGGGGACUCUGCCUCCCAACGUCGCCGCCGCCGUCAACGGCGUCGCCUUCUGCGGGACGCUCGCCGGCCAGCUCUUCUUCGGCUGGCUCGGUGACAAAAUGGGGAGGAAGAAAGUGUACGGUAUGACUCUGAUGCUAAUGGUGCUCUGUUCUCUGGCUUCUGGGCUUUCGUUUGGGCACGAUGCCAAUGGAGUCAUGACGACGCUCUGUUUCUUCCGGUUCUGGCUCGGGUUCGGAAUCGGCGGCGAUUACCCUCUCUCGGCGACGAUUAUGUCCGAGUACGCCAACAAGAAGACCCGCGGCGCCUUCAUCGCCGCCGUGUUCGCGAUGCAGGGGUUCGGCAUCCUCGCCGGCGGGAUUGUCUCCCUAAUCGUCUCCACCGCGUUCGACCACGCGUUCCCGGCGCCGACGUACGAGCAGAACGCCGCCGCCUCCACCGUCCCCCAGGCCGACUACGUCUGGCGGAUAAUCCUCAUGUUCGGCGCCAUCCCCGCCGCCAUGACCUACUACUCCCGGAUGAAGAUGCCGGAAACCGCCCGGUACACGGCGCUCGUCGCGAAGAACGCCAAACAGGCCGCCAGCGACAUGGCGAAAGUCCUGCAGGUCGAAAUUGAAGCGGAGGAGGAGAAAAUCGAAGAGAUCUCGGAAACCCAAUUCGGGCUUUUCACCAAGCAAUUCGCCCGCCGCCACGGCCUCCACCUUGUCGGCACCGCCGUCUGCUGGUUCCUCCUCGACAUCGCCUACUACAGCUCGAAUCUCUUCCAGAAGGACAUCUUCAGCGCAAUCGGGUGGAUCCCGCCGGCUAAGACGAUGAACGCGGUCCACGAGGUCUACGUCGUGUCCCGAGCCCAAACCCUAAUCGCCCUUUGCGGCACCGUCCCCGGGUACUGGUUCACGGUGGCUUUAAUCGACCACAUCGGCCGAUUCGCCAUCCAAUUGAUGGGAUUCUUCUUCAUGACCGUGUUCAUGUUCGCCCUCGCGAUUCCGUACCACCACUGGACAUUGAAGGCGAAUCGGAUCGGGUUCCUGGUGAUGUACUCGCUCACUUUCUUCUUCGCGAAUUUCGGGCCCAAUGCGACGACGUUUGUGGUCCCGGCGGAGAUUUUCCCGGCGCGGCUGAGGUCGACCUGUCACGGGAUCUCGGCGGCGGCGGGGAAGGCGGGGGCGAUGGUGGGGGCGUUCGGGUUCCUGUACGCGGCGCAGUCGACGGAUCCGGCGAAGACGGAUGCGGGUUACCCGCCGGGGAUCGGAGUGAAGAACUCGCUGAUUGUGUUGGGUUGUAUUAAUUUCCUCGGGAUGUUGUUUACGCUGCUGGUGCCGGAGUCGAAGGGGAAGUCGCUGGAGGAGCUUUCCGGCGAGAACGAGGAGGACAGCACUAGUGGGAACGAGGCUUCCGCCAAUAGGACUGUGCCAAUCUAAUAAAGACAAAAAAAAUAGUUUUUAAGUUUGAAAUUUUCGUCUACAUGGUGAAAGGGAGGUGGUGGUGUUGAAUUUCUAGCUUAUUUUGUUUUUGGUUUUCAUUUUGGGGACGACAGAAGGCAGUGAGAAGGAAUUAAAGGAAUAAAUAUAUGUGCUGUACAUUGUAAGGUACGUUUCUAUUUGAGCUUUAUUAGAAGGAAGUUUGCACUUUGUCACUUGGUAUAUGUAUCUCACACUGCAAAAUCUCUACUUUGUCGUCUUCAUUUUUCUUCAAUCAGCAAGAAACAAACACUUGUGACGUUCAUCCGUUGCCGGUCACAGAAUGCUGCCAUCAGCUUCCCCACCUGGGUGUUCGGACUGGUUCAUGCGUAAUGCAUUAAUUGGAAAGGAGCAUUAAGUUAGCCUAAUUUUAGCAACUAAUGUGAAUGAUAGCACAAUAUCAUUGCCAUUGAUCGAUGGAAUUAGGCCCCAUAGGUAAAUUCGGCAAUUACCAAUUAUUUAUGGAACUAGGAAGGAAUUCGAAUUCGAAUUUAUUGACGAGAAUGGGAAGGCUGAUUCAAUAUGACAAAUGCAUGAUGCCUGGCAGAACCGACCUAGACAAUCGAGGACCACGCGCCCCUAGAAAACACUCGCUUCUGCAAACAAAAUCAAAUGGUGAGC